GAUACUACUGAUUGUAAAUUGAAAAUUCCAUUUGCCGGGUCUGUUACAACGCGAACUAUUGUAUUGAUUCAAACCUACCCCACUAGAACAUCGCAAAUAGAAAACUUUCAUAGACUUGUUCAUAGAGAAAAUUACAUAUUCCUGGUGCACUUACGAGUAUGUGAACGUGCACGACACGUUAUCGAUGAUUAUCACCGCUAAUGUAAUAGCAUAAUACCAUAUAAUGAUGUUACUUAUUGAAUUAAAAGCAAUGGAAACCGCCUGAUGAGCAUGAGCUUCAUGAAUAGAAUGUCGCAGUCAUCCGUUUCCUUUAUACCAGUGAAGUUUAUUUGAAAAUUUUCUAACAUAUAUUUAUCAAUCGGUAAAAUGUGUUGGGUAAAAUGUAAACCCAAAAAUUUAACAGAGUCGUUGCUGCCGAUUUCAAUUAUAAACUGGAUAUUUGGGCACCAAAUUAUCCAGCAUCUUUCAAGCAGUUGCGAAUUUCUCCAAUCUAUAGUAUAUUUUAUUUUUGUGGUUCUCAUCUAUGGCACAUGUUUAAGUUUUUCGGUACCAUAUUUCUUUUCUUCACCUAAGUUCAGUCUUAGGGAAACUGUAUAUAUGAUUACAGUUUGCAUGAAUAUUUUGAUAUUAAGUGUCAAUCUUAUUCUCGGUCGGAUUUAUAGAAAUAAAUCAGUUUUAAUAAAUAAGGAGACCUCAAAUAUCGACAAAAAACUCAAAGCUUGUGGAGUAAAGAUAGAAAAUAAAGAAGCACUCAAUUUUUCGAUAAUCGUGACUGUUAUUUGGAUGAUCAUGGCAGGGACUAUUAAUUCUUUUGCAAUUUUGUGGAACCUCGAGACCAUACCCAGUUUGGUAGCAAAUGUUUCAGUUACAUUGUCAAAUCAUCAUCCGAUUUUCGUGAAUCAUCUGAUUGACCUGGUUUUUUGUUUAAUGAUUCGAAACAUCGGCCUCAGAUUCAAAAAUAUAAAUCAAGUGCUUUCUAAAUUUCAAUUAUUGGAGACUAAUUUAUUUACUACAAACAACCAAAUCUUCUCAAAUAGAGAAAACAAAAACAACCGCAGGAACCUACUUCAAGAUACAUUAAAGUACAACAACUACGUUCUUGAAAUACUGAAAGAUGCGCAUCUAGAAUUAAGUGAAGUAUGUAAUCAAAUCACGGAAAUAUUUGGGCUUCAAAUACUUAUGACAAUGGCUUCGUCAUUUAUUUUACUUACUUCUAUGUUCUACAAUUUAUACUUGACAAUUUUCUUGACCGGCGUGACUGAUAAGACAAUAAAAAUAUUUAUUAUCUUGAGUUGGAUCAUAGGCAGCUGUUUAAAAUUUAUGUUUACUAAUCAUACAUGCUCAAAAACAGUUGAUGAGUGGAAAAAUGCUGGAGUGAUAAUUCAUAAAUUGGAAACCAAAAGUCAUAACCCCGAAUUUCUUCGUACAAUUCAACAAUUUUCGAUUCAAAUGAUACAAAAUCCUUUGACUAUUUCACCGUGUGGAAUACUAGAACUCGGUUACUCAUUUGUCCAAGGUUUUUUUGGGACAAUAACAACUUACCUCGUUAUUUUAAUCCAAAUGGUUCCUACGAAUACGAAUUAGAAAAAAAAAGUAAAUACUAAUUACAAUUCGUGUGUUGAUAUGCAGUGUCGUUAUUUAAUUAACAAAAGUAAUUCCAAAAUAUAUAAAAGUGACCCGGACAAAAUGUGGAAUAAAAACUUCUUUGUAAUUUUACCUGUUCCGAAAAUGUUUUUACAAAUAUUUUGUCAUUACACUUACGCUCAAAAUUUGACACGCAUUAAAUUUUUUUAUGUAAUUAAUUUUUUUUCUCAAUUUGUAAGUUAACAUUAAAAAAAAAAGUUGUUGAUAAUAAUAAGACUAAAGAAAUAUAAUUAUGAAAUGUAUGAUAAUGGAUAUUGUUUUAUUAUCAUAGCCUACAUUUUUUAAAUAAGUGUCCGGUGAAAAGAUAAGUACUUUAGAUGCAUUAAACAAAUUGCAUUUUUAUAGAUUCAUAAUAAUGAUAUAGCAACACUACUUAGUUGUUAAUUGUAUAUUCCUGUAGUCGCGUUGAAAAUGUGGAAGCCCAAGAACCUGGUCCAUGCAUUGUUACCUAUUUACAUAAUUAAUUUAUUAUUUGGCCAUGGUGUAGUACAAUAUUCAGACAUAAAUAAAUACAAAGUUGUUUGCAGCUAUUUUUAUUCUAUCAUCACAACUAUUAUUUACUUUACAUUGUUAACUUCAAUAUGUGUAUUUCACAUAGACAAUUAUUUAUCCAAUAACAAUUUACUUUUGUACUUGAUUAUUUUAAAAAAUGUAUUUAUAAUGAUUUUUAAUAUUAUUUUGAGUUGGAUUCAUCAAAAAGUAAGUGAUAGUUUAGAAUUCAUUUAAAUUA